UUUGUCGUCCAAACACGCAAACAUUUAAAGGCGUAGUCCAUCUAUACUGCCUUUCCACCCAAUACCACUUCCCUUUUCUUGCGCCACACGUAUACCCCAUUCUCUCUUUCUCUCUCUUACUAUUUUCAUUUUUAGUUUUUAUUAAAAUGAAAAAAAAAAAACCACCCACCACCACCGUCAUCGUACCAAAACCAAAUUCCAUAUUUAUUCCACGACUGAAGCUCAGGUUUUUUUUUUUUUUUUUUGAAAAAAUUGGGGAAAGAAAACCAUUCAAAUAGUUGUGUAGGUAUGGGAGAAAAGCUGAUGAAUUAUAAAGCAGUAGAGUAUGGAAACGAAAUGCUAAUGGGACUCGGCGGCGUUUCUCAGAAGAUUGGUGGAUUCGAUCUUAUGCAGAACUGUGAUCUUCCUCCGCCGAUGAAGGUCUAUAUGGGACCGGAAAAGACCAUUGUGUCCCCCUCAAUGAAGCACAGGUUUUUCAACCCCAUGAAUAUGGGCCUUAAUAAUAGUCUAGAACAAGGAGAAAACGACAACGACAAGAGCGAGUUUGAUGAUGACAACGACAACGUGUACCGAAAAGACGCCGUUGGGGGGAAUUACGACAAGUUGGAGCUUUUGAAGGCCUUGCGGCUGUCCCAAACCAGGGCCAGGGAGGCAGAGAAGAAGAUCAAAGUUUUGGCUAAGGAGAAGGACAGUCUUUCAAAGGCUUUGGUUGAUGAGGCUAAGAUACUGUUUGCUCAUCGCCAGUGGGUGAGAUUGCUUGAACUUCAAGCUUCUACCUUGUGCUGUAAAUCGAAGGUUAAUAAUUAUCAUCACCAUCAUCAACAUGAUCAUGAUCAAGAUGGAAGUUGUAUCACUUGGGUGGUGGCUUUUGCGUUUUGUUUGGGCAUUGCUGCAAUUGGAUGCACUUACAUGUUUUGAGAAGGAAAAAAAACUGCCUUGUUUUGUUGAAUGUAGAAAAGUCUUUUUUUUUUUUUUUUUUGAAAAGAUAAUGUAGAAAAGUCUUAAGGAAGCCUUUUUGUAAAAAUGGCAUUACAGAGAAAUUGGUUGUUGUAAAGUAAUUAUAUUAUAUUAUAUGAUAUAGUUAAAAUGUUCCAUACA